UAUCCGCUGCGGAGCGAACGGCGUGAGGCAGGGGCCGCGGCGGCGCAUCUUUUUCCUCAGCAGCCCUCAGCGCGGCGACCCACGCCCCUCACCCCUAGGAACCGAGUCCACAUUCCUUCAACAUGUUGUCAUCGUUUCGUAAACGCAGAGUUCAGAAAAUGGAUCCAAGUGGGGUCAAAGUGCUGGAAACAGCCGAGGACAUCCAGGAGAGACGACAGCAGGUUCUGGAUCGGUACCACCGCUUCAAGGAGCUCUCUACCUUGCGGCGGCAGAAACUGGAGGAUUCCUAUCGCUUCCAGUUUUUUCAGAGAGAUGCUGAGGAGCUGGAGAAGUGGAUUCAGGAGAAGCUUCAAGUUGCCUCUGAUGAGAACUACAAAGACCCCACCAACUUGCAGGGAAAGCUCCAGAAACACCAAGCCUUUGAAGCUGAAGUACAGGCCAACUCAGGAGCCAUUGUGAAGCUGGAUGAGACAGGAAACUUGAUGAUUUCUGAAGGGCACUUUGCAUCUGAGACCAUCCGGACACGUUUAAUGGAGCUGCACCGCCAGUGGGAGUUGCUUUUGGAGAAGAUGCGGGAGAAAGGAAUCAAACUGCUGCAGGCACAGAAGCUGGUGCAGUAUUUGCGGGAGUGUGAGGAUGUAAUGGACUGGAUCAAUGACAAGGAAGCAAUUGUGACGUCUGAGGAGCUGGGCCAGGAUUUGGAGCAUGUAGAGGUACUACAGAAGAAGUUUGAAGAGUUUCAAACUGAUCUGGCUGCUCAUGAAGAAAGAGUUAAUGAAGUAAACCAGUUUGCUGCCAAACUUAUCCAGGAGCAGCACCCGGAAGAGGAGCUGAUCAAGACCAAGCAGGAGGAGGUGAAUGCAGCUUGGCAGCGACUGAAAGGCCUGGCUCUUCAAAGGCAGGGGAAGCUCUUUGGUGCUGCCGAGGUUCAGCGCUUUAACAGGGAUGUAGAUGAGACCAUUGGUUGGAUUAAGGAGAAAGAGCAGUUAAUGGCCUCUGAUGACUUUGGCAGAGACUUAGCAAGUGUUCAAGCUCUGCUUCGGAAGCAUGAGGGUCUGGAGAGAGAUCUUGCUGCUCUAGAGGACAAGGUGAAAGCCCUGUGUGCCGAGGCUGACCGCCUGCAACAGUCACACCCUCUGAGUGCCAACCAGAUCCAGGUGAAGCGAGAGGAACUAAUUACCAACUGGGAGCAGAUCCGAACUCUGGCCGCAGAGAGACAUGCACGGCUUGAUGACUCAUACAGGCUUCAGCGCUUUCUUGCUGACUUCCGUGACCUCACGAGCUGGGUGACUGAAAUGAAAGCCCUCAUCAAUGCAGAUGAACUGGCCAAUGACGUGGCUGGUGCUGAGGCCCUGCUGGACAGGCAUCAAGAGCACAAGGGUGAAAUCGAUGCUCAUGAAGAUAGCUUUAAGUCUGCAGAUGAGUCUGGGCAGGCCCUACUCGCUGCUGGUCACUAUGCCUCAGAUGAAGUGAGGGAGAAGCUGAGCAUCCUCUCUGAGGAGAGAGCUGCCCUGCUGGAGCUGUGGGAGCUUCGGAGGCAACAGUAUGAGCAGUGCAUGGACUUGCAGCUCUUCUACCGAGACACUGAGCAGGUGGACAACUGGAUGAGCAAACAGGAGGCAUUCCUGCUAAAUGAAGAUUUGGGUGACUCCUUAGACAGUGUGGAAGCUCUUUUGAAGAAGCAUGAGGACUUUGAGAAAUCUCUCAGUGCCCAGGAAGAAAAAAUCACAGCACUUGAUGAGUUUGCAACCAAGCUUAUUCAGAACAACCACUACGCAAUGGAAGAUGUAGCCACUCGACGAGAUGCUCUCCUGAGCCGCCGCAAUGCCCUCCAUGAGCGAGCCAUGCAUCGCCGGGCACAGCUGGCCGAUUCCUUCCACCUGCAGCAGUUCUUCCGCGAUUCCGAUGAGCUCAAAAGUUGGGUCAAUGAGAAGAUGAAAACGGCCACUGAUGAAGCUUACAAAGAUCCGUCCAACCUGCAAGGGAAAGUCCAAAAGCACCAGGCUUUUGAGGCUGAGCUCUCAGCCAACCAGAGCCGUAUUGAUGCCCUAGAGAAAGCUGGGCAAAAACUAAUAGAUGUGAACCACUAUGCCAAGGAAGAAGUAGCAGCUCGGAUGAAUGAGGUCAUCAGUUUGUGGAAGAAACUUCUAGAGGCCACAGAACUGAAAGGAGUCAAGCUCCGAGAAGCCAACCAGCAGCAACAAUUUAAUCGAAAUGUUGAGGACAUUGAGUUGUGGCUGUAUGAAGUUGAAGGUCACUUGGCUUCAGAUGAUUAUGGUAAAGACCUCACUAAUGUCCAGAACCUCCAGAAGAAGCAUGCUCUGCUAGAGGCAGAUGUUGCUGCUCACCAGGAUCGAAUUGACGGCAUCACAAUUCAGGCCCGCCAGUUCCAAGAUGCUGGCCAUUUCGAUGCCGAAAACAUUAAAAAGAAGCAAGAGGCCCUUGUAGCUCGCUAUGAGGCUCUCAAGGAACCCAUGGUGGCCCGGAAGCAGAAGCUGGCAGAUUCUCUUCGUCUGCAGCAGCUCUUCCGAGAUGUGGAGGAUGAGGAAACCUGGAUUCGAGAAAAGGAGCCUAUUGCUGCGUCCACUAACAGAGGCAAAGAUCUUAUUGGAGUCCAGAAUCUGCUAAAGAAGCACCAAGCUUUACAGGCAGAAAUUGCUGGCCAUGAACCUCGCAUCAAAGCAGUGACACAAAAGGGCAAUGCCAUGGUGGAGGAAGGUGAGUGUGGUCAAGCAACUGGACCUGCUUUUACUCUUUAUAUCUUUCCCCUGUUGGCAUGGAGUACAUGGACCUGGGCCCCAUUGAUGAGGCCAAGGCUGAGUCCCCUUCUCACGCUGUUGUAUGAGUCUGCCCAAGCCUCACCAUGUGAUUUUCAGUGUCAUGUCAGUGUACUCCACAUCACCCUUCCAGGCCAUUUUGCUGCUGAGGAUGUGAAGGCCAAACUGAGUGAGCUCAACCAGAAGUGGGAGGCACUGAAAGCCAAAGCCUCCCAGCGGAGGCAGGAUCUGGAGGACUCACUACAGGCCCAGCAGUACUUUGCCGACGCCAAUGAAGCUGAGUCCUGGAUGCGGGAGAAGGAGCCCAUUGUGGGCAGUACCGACUAUGGGAAGGAUGAAGACUCUGCUGAGGCUCUGCUCAAGAAGCAUGAAGCUUUGAUGUCCGAUCUCAGUGCCUACGGCAGCAGCAUUCAAGCUUUGCGAGAGCAGGCUCAGUCAUGCCGGCAACAAGUGGCCCCCAUGGAUGAUGAGACUGGCAAGGAGCUGGUCUUGGCUCUCUAUGACUAUCAAGAGAAGAGCCCUCGUGAGGUCACCAUGAAGAAAGGGGAUAUCCUCACCUUGCUCAACAGCACAAACAAGGACUGGUGGAAAGUGGAAGUGAAUGACCGUCAGGGUUUUGUGCCAGCUGCGUAUGUGAAGAAGCUGGACCCCGCCCAGUCAGCCUCAAGGGAGAACCUCCUGGAAGAACAGGGCAGCAUUGCUCUGCGGCAGGGGCAGAUCGACAACCAGACACGCAUAACUAAGGAGGCCGGCAGUGUAUCUCUGCGUAUGAAACAGGUGGAAGAACUGUAUCAGUCUCUGCUGGAGCUGGGUGAGAAGAGAAAAGGCAUGUUGGAGAAGAGUUGCAAGAAGUUCAUGUUGUUCCGGGAAGCGAACGAGCUACAGCAGUGGAUCAACGAGAAGGAAGCUGCUCUAACGAGUGAAGAGGUUGGCGCUGACUUGGAGCAGGUCGAGGUGCUGCAGAAGAAGUUCGAUGACUUCCAGAAGGAUCUGAAAGCCAAUGAGUCCCGGCUGAAGGACAUUAACAAAGUGGCCGAGGACCUGGAGUCUGAAGGUCUCAUGGCGGAAGAAGUGCAGGCCGUGCAGCAGCAGGAGGUGUAUGGUAUGAUGCCCAGGGAUGAAGCAGAUUCCAAGACCGCCUCCCCAUGGAAGUCUGCUCGACUGAUGGUCCACACAGUGGCCACCUUCAACUCCAUCAAGGAGCUGAAUGAGCGCUGGCGGUCCCUGCAACAGCUGGCUGAGGAACGUAGCCAGCUCCUGGGCAGUGCACACGAAGUACAGAGGUUCCACAGGGAUGCGGAUGAAACCAAAGAAUGGAUUGAGGAGAAGAACCAGGCUCUGAACACAGACAACUAUGGCCAUGAUCUAGCUAGCGUCCAGGCCCUGCAGCGCAAACACGAAGGCUUCGAGAGGGACCUUGCAGCUCUUGGUGACAAGGUGAAUUCCCUUGGGGAAACAGCCCAGAGGCUGAUCCAGUCCCACCCUGAAUCUGCAGAGGACUUAAAGGAAAAGUGCACAGAGUUAAACCAGGCCUGGACCAGCCUAGGGAAGCGUGCAGACCAGCGCAAGGCCAAACUGGGUGACUCCCAUGACCUGCAGCGCUUCCUUAGCGAUUUCCGGGACCUCAUGUCUUGGAUCAAUGGAAUACGAGGGUUGGUAUCUUCAGAUGAACUGGCCAAGGAUGUCACUGGAGCUGAGGCUUUGCUGGAGCGACACCAGGAACACCGGACAGAAAUUGAUGCCAGGGCUGGCACUUUCCAGGCAUUUGAGCAGUUUGGGCAGCAGCUGUUGGCUCAUGGGCACUAUGCCAGCCCAGAGAUCAAGGAGAAACUUGAUAUUCUUGACCAGGAGCGCACAGACCUGGAGAAGGCCUGGGUUCAGCGCAGAAUGAUGCUGGACCACUGCCUGGAGUUGCAGCUGUUCCAUCGAGACUGUGAGCAAGCAGAGAACUGGAUGGCUGCCCGGGAAGCCUUCCUAAACACAGAAGACAAAGGAGACUCGCUGGACAGUGUGGAGGCUCUGAUCAAAAAACAUGAAGACUUCGACAAAGCUAUCAAUGUCCAGGAGGAGAAGAUAGCUGCCCUGCAGGCCUUUGCCGACCAGCUCAUUGCUGUGGACCACUAUGCCAAGGGAGACAUUGCAAACCGACGCAAUGAGGUCCUGGACAGGUGGCGCCGCCUAAAAGCCCAGAUGAUUGAGAAAAGGUCAAAGCUCGGAGAAUCUCAAACACUUCAGCAGUUCAGCCGGGAUGUAGAUGAGAUUGAAGCCUGGAUCAGUGAGAAGUUACAAACAGCCAGCGAUGAGUCAUACAAGGACCCCACCAACAUCCAGCUUUCCAAGCUGCUGAGCAAGCACCAGAAGCACCAAGCCUUUGAGGCAGAACUGCACGCCAAUGCUGACCGAAUCCGUGGAGUUAUUGACAUGGGCAACUCCCUCAUUGAGCGUGGGGCCUGUGCUGGCAGUGAGGAUGCUGUCAAGGCCCGCCUGGCUGCCCUUGCAGACCAGUGGCAGUUCCUGGUGCAGAAGUCAGCUGAGAAGAGCCAGAAGCUGAAAGAGGCCAAUAAGCAGCAGAACUUCAACACCGGGAUCAAAGACUUUGACUUCUGGCUUUCUGAGGUGGAGGCUCUCCUGGCAUCUGAAGACUACGGCAAAGACCUGGCUUCCGUGAACAACCUGCUCAAAAAGCAUCAGCUGCUGGAGGCAGACAUAUCGGCCCACGAGGAUCGUCUGAAGGACCUGAACAGCCAGGCUGACAGCCUGAUGACUAGCAGUGCCUUCGACACCUCCCAAGUGAAAGAGAAGCGGGACACCAUCAAUGGACGCUUUCAGAAGAUCAAGAGCAUGGCAACCUCCCGAAGAGCAAAACUGAGCGAGUCCCAUCGCCUGCACCAGUUUUUCCGAGACAUGGAUGACGAGGAGUCCUGGAUCAAGGAGAAGAAGUUGUUAGUGAGCUCUGAGGACUAUGGCAGAGACCUCACUGGUGUUCAAAAUCUGAGGAAGAAACACAAGCGGCUAGAAGCCGAACUGGCCGCACACGAACCAGCCAUUCAGGGUGUCCUGGACACGGGGAAGAAGCUGUCUGAUGACAACACCAUCGGGCAGGAGGAGAUCCAGCAGCGUCUCGCACAGUUUGUGGAGCACUGGAAGGAACUGAAACAGCUAGCAGCUGCACGGGGCCAGCGGCUGGAGGAGUCCUUGGAGUAUCAGCAGUUUGUGGCCAACGUGGAGGAGGAGGAGGCUUGGAUCAAUGAGAAGAUGACCCUGGUGGCCAGCGAAGACUACGGGGACACUCUUGCUGCCAUCCAGGGCUUACUGAAGAAACAUGAAGCUUUUGAGACAGACUUCACUGUCCACAAGGAUCGAGUGAAUGAUGUCUGUACUAAUGGACAAGACCUCAUUAAGAAGAACAAUCACCAUGAGGAGAACAUCUCUUCAAAGAUGAAGGGUCUGAAUGGUAAAGUGUCUGACCUGGAGAAAGCAGCAGCUCAGAGGAAAGCGAAGCUGGAUGAGAACUCGGCCUUCCUUCAGUUCAAUUGGAAGGCUGACGUGGUGGAGUCCUGGAUUGGUGAAAAGGAGAACAGCUUGAAAACAGAUGAUUAUGGCCGAGAUCUGUCUUCUGUCCAAACUCUGCUCACCAAGCAGGAGACAUUUGAUGCUGGCCUGCAGGCCUUCCAGCAGGAGGGCAUUGCCAAUAUCACUGCCCUCAAAGACCAGCUGCUAGCUGCCAAGCACAUUCAGUCGAAGGCCAUCGAGGCCCGACAUGCCUCCCUCAUGAAGAGGUGGACCCAGCUGUUGGCCAAUUCAGCUACCCGCAAGAAGAAGUUGCUAGAGGCCCAGAGUCAUUUCCGAAAGGUAGAAGACCUCUUCCUGACCUUUGCCAAAAAGGCAUCGGCUUUCAACAGCUGGUUUGAGAAUGCAGAAGAGGACCUCACAGACCCAGUGCGCUGCAACUCUCUGGAAGAAAUCAAAGCCCUCCGAGAGGCUCAUGAUGCCUUCCGCUCAUCGCUCAGCUCUGCGCAGGCCGACUUCAACCAGCUAGCCGAGCUGGACCGUCAGAUCAAGAGUUUCCGAGUGGCCUCCAAUCCCUACACCUGGUUCACCAUGGAGGCCCUGGAAGAGACGUGGAGGAACCUACAGAAGAUCAUUAAGGAGCGAGAACUGGAGCUGCAGAAGGAACAGCGGCGGCAGGAGGAGAAUGACAAGCUACGCCAAGAGUUUGCCCAGCAUGCCAACGCGUUCCACCAGUGGAUCCAGGAAACAAGAACGUAUCUCCUCGACGGCAUAGCAUAUCGUCGGGUCAUUCGUGUCUAUCAGUAUGAAGUUGGGGAUGAUCUGUCUGGAAGGUCCUGCAUGGUCGAAGAGUCGGGAACUCUGGAAUCUCAGCUUGAAGCUACCAAACGCAAGCACCAGGAGAUUCGGGCCAUGAGAAGUCAGCUGAAGAAGAUUGAGGACCUGGGGGCUGCCAUGGAGGAAGCCCUCAUCCUGGACAACAAGUACACUGAGCACAGCACUGUGGGCCUGGCCCAGCAGUGGGACCAGUUAGACCAGCUGGGCAUGCGCAUGCAGCACAACCUGGAGCAGCAGAUCCAGGCCAGGAACACAACAGGAGUCACUGAGGAGGCCCUCAAGGAGUUCAGCAUGAUGUUCAAACACUUCGACAAGGACAAGUCUGGCCGGCUGAAUCAUCAAGAGUUCAAAUCCUGCCUUCGUUCUCUGGGUUACGACCUGCCAAUGGUUGAGGAAGGAGAGCCUGAUCCUGAGUUUGAGGCCAUACUGGACACUGUUGAUCCCAACAGGGACGGCCACGUCUCCCUGCAAGAGUACAUGGCUUUCAUGAUCAGCCGUGAAACCGAGAAUGUCAAGUCCAGUGAAGAGAUCGAGAGUGCUUUCCGGGCCCUCAGCUCCGAGGGCAAGCCUUAUGUGACCAAGGAGGAGCUCUACCAGAACCUGACCCGGGAACAAGCUGACUACUGUGUCUCCCACAUGAAGCCCUAUGUGGAUGGCAAGGGCCGCGAACUUCCAACUGCCUUCGACUACGUGGAGUUCACCCGCUCUCUCUUUGUGAAUUGAUCAAUCCUCUUGGCUUCCAGACAGCCUGACCCACAUGCUUGCCCUGCUAUCUGUCACCUUUGCUGCAUGUCACUCCCUCUGCUUUCAAGGACAAUAUUCCAGACAGCGCUACUUUCCAGUGUAACCAUAGCCUGCUUAGCUUGGGGUAAGACUUAGUAGAAAAUGGUGCUUCAGUAAACCGCUUACUUCCAGUCACAAUCACCUUGUUGCUGUGGGACCCGACCCUGUUUGAGCCGGCUGCCCUCAUUCCCACUUAAAUCAAAGCAGCUGGCUAGUCCCCCUGUUUCCUUCCCAAAUCCUGUUUUCAUGUACAAGACAAAAUAAAGGACUCAAUUCUCCCUA